UUCUUCUUUUGACUUGUGAUCUAGAUUGUGGGUGGGUGUAUGGCCAGGAAGUUCAUCAUUCGAGUGCAGAUGUGUCGAACACACUGAGCGCAACAACAUGUUUUUAAAAUGGACUACAAACUGUCUUUUAUUUUUGACUUUAAUUUAUCUUCCACACACAGGAGGAUGGAAUGUUUCCUCAGUAAUCAUCGGAGAAACUGUGCAUCUGUCCUGCCACUCACCCCCUAAACACACUUAUUCUUUUGAAAUAGAGUGGACAAAAAAUGGAACAAAUAGUAACACUACUUGUAAAUGGAGGAUAAAUAAAGGUAUUAUAUCUUCCUUAAAUACAUGCGAUCCUCGUUUUACAUUCACCAAAGAGCCUUUCGAAAUUAAUAUAAAAGACGUUCAGCCCAGUGACUCUGGUAUUCACAGCUGUAAAAUGACAAUAAUAAUUCCACCACCAUCACUGGUCUACUUCACAAAUAUGACACUCCAAGUUGUAGUUGGUCCUCAUCUGUCAUUGCAGAAACUGAACAGCAGUAAUGACACCUGUGUCCUUCUGCUCUGCUCUGUGGAGGAUCUGAAGCCUGAGCAGGUGAACUUCACCUGGAGCCGGGGUGAAAGGUCACUUCAUCCAUUCACAUCUUAUGCCAUGAACAGCGAGCUGCGUCUGUGUAAACCUGACUGGAGUGAAGGAGACACAAUCACCUGUUACGCCAAAUACUCAAGCACACAAACCCAAAAAAGUAUACAACUCACCUCAGAGACAACUUCUGACAUAGUUUUUAACGGUGUGCUGUUCCAGCUGCUGACCAUCUCAUGCAGUGCUGCUGCAGGCCUCAUCCUCUGCAUCAUCCUCACAGUAGUUAUUUGCAAAUGCAGAAAGCGAGACGAACAUGGAUCUUUAAUGUUCAACAAUAAAGUCUAUGAGAACUUCAGUUUCGCCAUGUUCCGUCAGAACUCACAGUCCAAUGACAAACCACAGCCAGAAGAGAGUAUUUAUGAGAACUAGAUGCUGCUGCUGCUGCUUAUAUAACCUUUGCUUUAAAGCCAGAUCUGCCCAGUUGUUAUGAAAGCAGUAUGAUAGGCAAAAGUGUGUUAAGUGGUUUUGCUAAGAUGGUGCACUUGGAAUAUGAAGCAAACGGUCACUGCAUUGUUUACAAUCCAUAUUUUUUCAAGUAACUCUUUUCAUUGUGUUUGAGCACUUUAGGUGCACUGAACUAUUAUGUCUGUUAAAUUAAUUUAAUUUAACUAUGAUAAUGAGCAGGGGUCUCAUAUCCAUUUCUCAGAUACAAUGCAAAGGCAUUAUUAUUUUUGUUGUAAGAGUUUUGUUUUUGAUAUGGUAUUUAGACUGACUAUAUUGCAAUAUUACAUUACUUGUAAAUAAGUAAUACAUUAGAAGUCUUUUCAAAGCCUCUUUUCGCACUAUUUCACUUUCUUUAUACUCUGAUCAAAUUUGGGUUGCAAUGAAAAAUGCCAAAAUCAUUUUAGUUCACAUAGUUUGAGCAAAGUUAUCUUCUAUUCUAAGUACAUGCCUAUGGUUUAUUUAAUAAAAAUGUUUAUAUUUAGAAACUUUGGUCUCUUUAGCACUGGGUGCUUCACAGAUCUGAAAUGAAAUUUCUCUAAUUUGUCUCAGUGGGAAUUUAGAUUGUAUUCUUAUUUAUUUUAUUCAAUGUUUGUAAAGUACAGUAUGUAUGAGUCAGUCAUUUGUUAGGAUGUGUCUAUUCAUUUCCUCUUUGUAACUACAAAAAUGAAUUUGAUGGGAUCCAGA